AUGCGGAAGCGUAAUGUGGGAAUAAAAGCGCGGCCGCAAGGGGCGGUGAUACUUUCCAACCAACGCUUGUGCCUCGUGGAUGCCACAAAGAAAGGAGGGAAACAUCUGUGGGCGUUCAUCACUGUAUCGGUUUUACGUGCGGCUUUGUUUCACAUCUUUUUCUUUUUAUUCUCGCAUUAA